AUGGUGGCCGGUCCUUCCGAUGAAUCGUUCUUGCCGCAGAUCGUCGGGGUCUUCUAUGCGGUGUUCGACCCCAUCCGCGGACCGAUAGUACCCUAUCAAGUCCCGGAGACCCUGAUAUCUCAGCCAGAAGAUUUGAACAAGUCAGUCGCAGGUAUCAGCAGUCGGACAGACCGGAGACCCUCCCCGACACCACCCUCUGGCACUCCAGCACGAUCACACUCGAGCUCACCCCAGAGGGCUGCCUCUAUGGCAUCCAAACGAGCCCUCUCCGUUUCUCCCUCCCGGACCUUUCGUUCAGCAUCAAGAAGGUCUCCAUCACCUCUCACUCAAUCGACGCAUAGCAUCCCUUAUAACCCGAAACCGCUCAUCGCACCGGCCAUGAUCGAGUUCAACACCAUCGCCGAAUUCAUCAUCCCCAAGGCUCCUCUGAAACAUCGGCUCGUCACCUGUUGUUCCGGGAGAUACAAGAUCGUCGGUUUCCCCUGCAUGAUCGAGGACUCGUAUUACGAAAGAAACGAGUUCAUCUUCAACAUCGCAUUCGUGUUCGAUCGGUUGUCGGAUCUGAGCGCUUUCGAGCCGGUAGUGAGGAAGUGCGGGAGGAUCAUGCGGGCAGCCGAGUUGGAUACACGCUGGCUGUCGAACAAGACGUCUCAGGCAAAGAUCCAGUCCGUUCUCGAACAAUUGCAUGAAGACCUCAACUCGUACUCCGGCACGAGUAUCGUCCUGGACAAUAUCAACUCGCUGGACCUCUCUCUUUUCCCCUUCUAUGCUAAUCCGCCGGCAGUCCAUGACUGGCACGUCCCCGUAGCUCUCAUCGAUUUCAAGAAGCUCAAAGAUGCCAACUGGGAUAUCACCGCGAGCAAGAUCUGCCAAUACAUCGACGGGGUACAGCACGUAGAGCGAAUAGCACAACUCGCAGAUGCAGAUCUCGAGAGCGUCCGUUCGUGUAUUCAGCAUUUCCUAUACUACCAGGUGGUCAUGAUGAUCGACAUCUUUCAGUACUCGAACAUGUAUACCUGCAAACCCGCCAUCCAACGCAAGAUCAAGGACAAGAGCGUGUCAGAGGAAUGUGGAGCCUAUGUCACACAUGCUGGCUUUCCCAUUCCUUCCUGGCCCAUCCUAGCGAUCCUCUAUUCUCAGCUAAGACCCGGAAUCACAGUACACGAAUGGAUGGAGACCAACGAAGUCCGUUCGAGGGGAAUCGAUGUCCGACGGUUCGUCACUUUCGGGAUCAUCAAGGGUUUCCUACGUCGUGUCCAUCGAUGGCCGAUCCACGUAGAUACGGUCUCGGGCAACGCACGGGAUUCGGUUCGACAUCGAUCGAAAGAACGGGCGAGAAUAGGGGAUAUCGAUGAGGAGCCCGACUUGGCUUUGACUAGCGGUCUGGAAGCGCUCAAAGUGGGCGGGGGAACGGGUACGGGUGCAGGCAGGAAAGACAGCAUGGUGACAUCAGGCACGACCGGGACGAGCGCACCGGGACGUAAUGAAUCGAAUAUCACGCUCCGAACGACUGUCUCUACAGCGGGCAGUCUAGGUACAUCGCCCAAUUUCGGAGGAGGGAUCUGGAGAGCUAGGUCAGACUCUCCAUUACAAGGCGGAUUCAUGCAAGUGACUUCGAUGACCGGGCGACAGAGCGGUAGUCAGACUGCCAAUAACCCAUCGGGAGGAACGGGGACGAAGAGUCCCGGGUAUUUCCAACCGCAGACGUCGAUCUUGUCCUCUAGUGUGAGAUCCACACGAGGCGGAAAUUUCAUCUCGACCUCUCACAAUACUUCGGCAUCAGCGCCCCGGGCUGGCGGAGGUCCUUCGUCACAUAAUUCCAACUCGAACCCUGGCCAUACCGGUUUCCUCAAUCCCGGCCAACGUCCCGUCGGGCACCAUCGAAAUUCGAGGGACGCACGAGCUCGAGCGAACGGGUUCAAGACCCCUGGAAGCGCGAUCCCGCAAAGGGAACAAGAGACCAACCUCCACGCGAGCAUGUUGGGUUAUCUUGACGGGUUGCAUCACGCCGACGAGCUUCAGGUCAAGUUCAAGAUGGGGUGGACUAGGUUGGAAGAGCAUCUAAGAAAGAUUGCUGGAUUGCCGGAGGAUCUGCGAGGGCUGAGCGAGGAAAAGAGGGAAGCGGCGGGGAGGGGCGAUUACGGGAAGGUCGUCGUCGUCUUGCGCUGA